AUGUCUCGCCAGUCCACCGUGAGGAUUCAGAGGGGAAGAAGUGGCUUCAGCGCUGCUUCGGCCAUCGUCCCAAACACCUGCCGCACCAGCUUCAGUUCACGCUCUGUCACCCGGGUCGGAAGCUGCAACGCUGGCAGCGGGUUUGCUAGGGUUGGUGGUGGCUUUGGAAGCAAAAGCCUCUACAAUGUCGGUGGAUGCAAGAGGAUCUCCGUGGCUGGCAGGGGUGGUAGCUUCUAUGGAUCUGCAGGUUUUGGUGGUGGCGCUGGUAGCAUGUACGGUGGUGGCUUUGGCAUGCCAGCUAACCUUGGCUAUGGAUAUGGUGCAUUUGGUGGUGGCAUGGGUGGCCCUGGAUUCCCAGCUGGGGGCAUCCACGAAGUCUCCGUCAACCAGAGCCUUCUGAAACCUCUCAACCUGGAGAUUGACCCCAGCAUCCAAAGGAUCCGAAAGGAGGAGAAGGAACAAAUCAAAACCCUCAACAACAAAUUUGCCUCCUUCAUUGACAAGGUCCGAUUCCUUGAGCAACAAAAUAAAGUGCUGGAAACCAAGUGGAGCCUGCUUCAGGAGCAGGGGAUGAAAACAGUUAGGAACAACUUGGAGCCGCUUUUUGAGACUUACAUCAACAACCUCCGGAUGCAGCUGAACAAUUUGCUGAGCGACAAAGGAAGGCUGGAAGGAGAGCUUGUCAACACGCAGUACCUGGUUGAGGAUUUCAAGAAGAAGUAUGAAGAUGAAAUCAACAGGCGUACAGUUGCAGAGAAUGAAUUUGUGACACUCAAGAAGGAUGUAGAUGCUGCCUAUAUGAACAAGGUGGAACUACAAGCCAAGGUAGAUGCGCUGAUUGAAGAAAUUAAUUUCCUGAGAGCCCUCUACGAAGCAGAGCUGUCUCAGAUGCAGACGCAGAUCUCCGACACCUCUGUCGUUCUCACCAUGGACAACAACCGAAACCUGGACCUGGACAGCAUCAUCUCGGAGGUCAAAGCGCAGUACGAGGACAUCGCCAACCGCAGCCGGGCUGAAGCAGAGUCCUGGUACCAAACCAAGGUGAAGAAACUGGGGCUCAACCGCCACGUCCAGCGGCUGCGGUCUGAAAUCGACAAUGUGAAGAAACAGUGUGCAAAUCUGAAAGCGGCCAUCGCGGAUGCUGAGGAACGUGGGGAGCUCGCCCUCAAAGAUGCCAAAGCCAAACUGGCGGAGCUGGAAGAGGCUCGGCAGCAGGCCAAGGCAGGCCUGGCCCGGCAGCGCCGCGAGUACCAGGAGCUCAUGAACGUCAAGCUGGCCCUGGACAUUGAGAUUGCGACCUACAGGAAGCUGCUGGAGGGAGAGGAGUGCAGGCUGGCUGGAGAUGGCGUCCCAGUGAAUAUCUCCGUGACCAGAACAACUGUGGGAACGGGAUACGGAGGAGGAAGCAACCUCAGCAUGGGAGGGGGAAUCUGCAACAUGGGGAACAGCUUCAGCUGCGGAAGUGGUCCUGGGGUUAGCAGCACCACCCUCGGAGGCAGCAGCAGCUCCAGCGUGAAGUUCGUCUCAACCUCCUCCACCAGAAGAAGUUACAGAAGCUAG